UGGCUUUUGUAUGGAAGAUGGCCCCAAAUGGAAUCUCUUUCCACCUUUUUGUUCAUUCGCUCUCAAGAUUUGUAUACCUUCAUUUCUUAAACCUCUUUCGCACUCCUUCUCUCCAUCCCAACUUUUACUCUUCCUGUUUUCUCGAUCUGGACCAUGGCAGAUUCUUCUACUGUGGUGGAAGCUAAAGAUGGAACUCUCUCUGUAGCAUCUGCAUUUGGGUGUCAUCAAGAAGAUGUACAAGACAGAGACCUCAAGUUCUUGACACAAGCAGUUGAAGAGGCUUACAAAGGAGUUGAGUGUGGAGAUGGAGGUCCUUUCGGUGCGGUUGUUGUUCGUAACAACGAAGUAGUUGUGAGCUGUCAUAACAUGGUCUUGAGAAACACUGACCCUACAGCACAUGCUGAAGUCACUGCAGUUAGGGAGGCUUGCAAAAAGCUCGGUCAAAUCGAACUUUCGGAUUGCGAAAUCUAUGCAUCUUGUGAGCCCUGUCCAAUGUGCUUCGGCGCCAUCCAUCUUUCAAGAAUUAAGAGAUUGGUUUAUGGAGCGAAAGCAGAAGCUGCCAUUGCAAUAGGGUUUGAUGAUUUCAUUGCUGAUGCCAUAAGGGGCACUGGGUUUUAUCAGAAGGCUCAUUUGGAAAUCAAGAAAGCAGAUGGGAGUGGUGUUGCCAUUGCCGAGCAAGUGUUUGAGAAUACAAAGGCAAAAUUUCAAUUAUAUUGAAUAUUUUCCUUUUCCUUCCUUUUUUUUUUUUUUUUUUCCUUCUUCUGUUCAAAUAAAUAAAUAUAAACUGUUCAUAUAUCCUUAAUUCAUGAAACAAUCAUGCAGUUGUACUUUCAAUCAAACACAUUUUCUGCCUCUUUAAAUGGUAAUUGCUAUGUCAGUCUGUAUUUUAUUA